AUGGUAGAGACUUGGAUACGCGCUCUCGAGCGUAUAUUCGAGUUUAUGGAGAGCACCGAUAAGGAACGACUUGCUUGUGUGAAAUUUCAACUAACUGGGCCCGCCGAUUUUUGGUGGGAUACCAAGCUAAGGACCAUGGACCCUGCACGCCGUGAAGCGCUGACAUGGGAGGGAUUCAAGGAGGAGUUGAACAAUAAGUACGUCCCCAUGAGUUAUAAGCGAGCAAAAGUAGAGGAAUUUCAUACUCUCAAGCAAGGACGCAUGACUGUGACAGAGUACGACCGGGCCCUUUGCGAAUUGACCCGAUAUGCGCCUGAGUUAGUAGACACAGAUGCGGAGAUGGCGGAAAAAUUUCGUGCUGGGCUCGGACACGAUAUAAGAGCAGCUGUGGCUAGCCGUAGAGGAAUCACAUACUCGGAGGUUUUGAGUUGCGCCUUAGACGUGGAAGAGGAGCUGCCCAAGGAUAGUACGGUCGCGAAAACUACAUCACCACCACCGCAGCAACAAUAUAAUUUCAGAGACAAAAGGAAAUGGGAUGGUGAUCAGAUUCCAUAUGAAAAUAAAAGGCAACAACAUAUCCAGACCGCUCCCAACCAGAGGGGUAAUUUCCGACCAAGGAUUCCUCCAUGCACUAUAUGCUCUAGAUACCACUGUGGAGAGUGUAGACUCAAGUUUGAUGGAUGCUACAACUGUGGUGGAAGUGGCCAUUUCUCUAGAGAUUGCCCAAGUAAGAAUGUCGGAGAGGGUGCAAGACAAAACGACCACGGACCACGCCCACAACUGCAAGCAAUUCAAGCUGCGCCGAGAGGAGACCCAACUCCAACCCUAGACCAACAGUAA